AUGAGCACUCUGAACAACGCCGACUCCGUUACCAACCAGGGCGCCUUUAAGCCCUCGGUGGCUCCGGAAGCUCCAUUGACAGAGAAGGGCCACCAGCCCGGUCGCAAGGUCAAUGAGGCUGACCAGCGCGGUGAAUUCCACCUGGAAACCCACCCAGUCGGCACCGCACCCGCCAGCAACUCCUACACGGCCAACACUCAGGACAAAGUCGGCGGCCAGGCCGACAACCCCGCCGUCAUGCCCUCUCAAGAUAAGGAAGGCGUCUUCACCUCGGCCGCCGACACGAUGAGCGGUUCCACCUCGGCGGACCUGCACACCGGCUUGGGCAAGCCCAUGGGCGGUCAAACCAGCGCAGAACUGGCCCAUGAUGGCGCCCAUGGCCGCAAGAAGCAGUCAUCCGGUCUGGAGGGGGUUGGAUCCUCGAUGGAUGAUCGCAGCAUCGAGCGCCAGUUGCCCAACCAGCGCGGCAUGGAGCGCGAGCAGGACUUCAGCGGCCAACGGGGCAACAAGGCGGACCGUUCCGCGGCCAACAUGCGCCCUGAGCCUGCAGAGACCUUGGAUGCUGAGUGGAAGUAUGAACCCAGCACCAAGCAUUGA